CCGGCGGCGCAUGUGCCUGGCGCCCCUCCCCGGCCCUGGAUUCCACUUCCCCUCCGCUCGCGCUGCAGCCGCAGCCGCCUACAGGCCCCGCGCCGCCUCCGGAGUCCAUGGCCGGGACGCGCUGGGUGCUCGGGGCGCUGCUCCGGGGCUGCGGUUGCAACUGCAGUAGCUGCCGGCGCACCGGCGCCGCCUGCCUGCCCUUUUACUCGGCCGCCGGCUCUUUCCCUUCGGAAGUCUCCGGCCGUCGCCGGCUGCUGCUGUUGCUCGGGGCCGCCGCGGCCGCCGCCUCACGGACGCGGGGCCUCCACACCGGGCCUGUGCCCACCGGGAGACUGGCGGGGCUUCCCCCUGCGGUCGCCUCCGCCGCCGCCACGGCAGCCGCCUCUUACCCGGCCUUGCGCGCCCCUCUGCUGCCGCAGUCCUUGGCUGCGGCCGCGGGCCCGGCGCGGGGUUACAGCCAGGAAUCUAAAAAUACCUACCUGGAAGACCUUCCACCUCUCCCGGAGUAUGAGGUGGCCCCAUCCAAGUUAGGAGAGGAGGUGGAUGAUGUGUAUCUCAUUCGAGCUCAAGGAUUGCCGUGGUCGUGCACUGUAGAAGAUGUGCUUAGCUUUUUUUCAGACUGCAGAAUUCGCAACGGUGAGAAUGGAAUACAUUUCCUUUUAAAUAGAGAUGGGAAGCGAAGGGGUGAUGCCUUAAUUGAGAUGGAGUCAGAGCAGGAUGUACAGAAGGCCUUAGAAAAGCACCGCCUGUACAUGGGGCAGCGGUAUGUGGAAGUAUAUGAGAUCAACAAUGAAGAUGUGGAUGCCUUAAUGAAGAGCCUGCAGGUCAAAUCUUCGCCUUUGGUAAAUGAUGGUGUGGUUCGUUUGAGAGGACUGCCUUACAGUUGCAAUGAGAAAGACAUUGUCGACUUCUUUGCAGGACUGAAUAUAGUAGACAUUACUUUUGUGAUGGACUAUAGAGGGAGAAGAAAAACAGGAGAAGCCUAUGUGCAGUUUGAAGAACCGGAAAUGGCCAACCAAGCCCUAUUGAAACACAGGGAAGAGAUUGGUAACCGAUACAUAGAGAUAUUUCCAAGCAGAAGGAAUGAAGUUCGAACAUAUGUCGGUUCUCAUAAGGGAAAGAAAAUGGCAUCUCCUUCUGCUAAGUAUAUAACUGAGCCAGAAGUGGUCUUUGAAGAACACGAAGUAAGUGAGGAUGUUCGACCUAUGACAGCUUUUGAAAGUGACAAGGAAAUAGAGCUGCCAAAGGAGAUGUCAGAGAAGCUCCCGGAGGCUGUUGAUUUUGGAACCACGUCCUCGCUACACUGUGUGCACAUGAGAGGAUUGCCUUUCCAAGCCAACGCCCAAGACAUUAUAAACUUUUUUGCUCCACUGAAGCCUGUUAGAAUCACCAUGGAAUACAGUUCCAGUGGGAAGGCCACCGGAGAAGCUGAUGUGCACUUCGAUACCCACGAAGAUGCUGUCGCAGCGAUGCUCAAGGAUCGGUCCCACGUUCAACAUAGGUAUAUUGAAUUGUUCCUGAAUUCAUGUCCAAAGGGAAAAUAAGACUUCCAGGGACUCCAGAUAAGAAGGAUGAAGCAAGAAGCAUUUCAUCUGCACGUCUCUCUUGGAUGUGGGAUAUAGAGUUCCAGUUUUUUAGCAGCAACUGCUUGAGAAGGGAUUUUAGGGUUUGGGGUUAAUUGCUUACGAGAAAAAUGCCAUAGUGGACUGUUCAGAAAGAAAAAGGGAAGAUUCAGUUUGGGAUUAAAUAAACCACAAAUUUUCAUAUUGUUUAAACUGUCCAGGAUAGGAUCUGAUUUAAAAAUCUGGUCUUUAUUUCAUGAUUAAAUAUUUUGUUUUCAUAGAGUAUUCCUAUGUGAAGACGGCAUAUUUUUAUUCAGCACUGUCUUUUAAAAUCUUUCCCCUAUUUUAAAAAUGAUUUGUUUGAGGGCUGUGAUAUAAAACUUCCUAUGGAAUAAAAUACUGAUUUAUUUUAACUAAAUACUCACCAAAGCGAGGAAAGGUUUCAGACCUUUGAACCUUUAUGGUUUGGCAGAGUAGCUAUAAUUUUAGGUGUCUUUGAUGACUUAGGGGUAGGAAUUAUAAAAAACCAUUCAAAGCAAAAAAAAUAAAUACCACAGAUCAGUGUGUGUCCCGACAACGGUUUGGCCGUUUCACAUCUUUCGCAGUGUUUUGCCUUUCUAGCCUGUGCUGCUGGCAUUUGACAUUAGUGCCUGUGUACUUCAGGAGGGAGUUCUAGUCUCAACCUAGAAGCUGUCUGAACACAUCCCCCCACGCCCCCACCCGUUUCUUUGGUUUUGGGUAAACAUUAGGGGUGUUAGUCUCAAAGCUGUGAAGUGAUGUGUCAAAACAGUCCCUACUGGUAAGGACAUUGAUGGCUUCACUUGAAUUUAAACCAGCGCUAGAUAGGAAACCAUCCAAGUCCCCUCCUUCGCUUUUCAGUGGGGUCGCACAUCCCAUAUUGUAGAACAAGUAGGGGUGCCUUGCUUAAAUAAAAAUAGCUUUUAAUGUAUAAUUGUGUGGAGGGUUUAUGGAUAAAGCUGUACUUCUGUCACAUAGUGGCAGUAUCUUCUGCUUUAAUAUUAAACAGCUUAUUUAAAUAUUGGAUCAAAAUGGCUGGCUUCAAAAUGUAGUCUUUAAUAAACUAAUUUUAUGUGCACCUGUGUAGGAGAAUCAAAGUCCUGUAUACUUUCUUUGCCUUGUUCCUGUUCUCAGGGUGACGACUGCUACAUAGUUACCAGGAGUUGCAAUUCUAGUUCUCCACAUGAAAUUUGUCCACAUUUCUGAGAGAAGAUACCUGGAGGAGAGAUUGUGUCUUCUCUCAAUACAUAACCAUCUUUGAUGACCAGCUAAGAUACAAAACCACUGUACUGUAAAUAGUCAAUAAAUGAAGGCUUGGUUCAGGCUGCAGAUUACCUAAGAGUAUUUAUUUUGGAGUGUGUGGAUAAACCAAAUAUAUUUUUGUUACAUCAAGUCCUGGCAUGUUAUAAGGAGACAUGAUUAAUUUUCAUUUGCAUUUGCCAUCCUAUAAGAACAUGACUUAAGCAGCUUAAGAGCUUCAGUGUUACUACUUAGAUGGAAGUCUGAGCUGUGAGAACUGGUGUCUGUAGCUGUGUGGUUAUUGGAAUGUGAUCUUUUUUCUUUUCCUUUAGCAGUAGGUAUCUAAUUUUGCUAUCGUCCAUUUGCUGUGGAAAAAAUCUGUAGGUUCUUUCAGGAUUGGGGUUGGUGAGGAAUCAUUUGCAGUUACUUUAUGUUAAAGCUAAUGAGUUUCAUUUGCAUAUCAGAAAACAGUAAGAGCAAAAACCUUAAAAUGUGUGGUGAGUCAGCUUGGAAGGCUGUAUCUUCUUGCCACACUAGUGGCUGAGUUCUCAGUAAAAAAGGUUCUUGGGACAUCGUCUUAUGAAUCAUAUACUUUUCUGUCCUCCCUAUGGGUAAGUUAUUGCUUAUAAUUAGGGCUACUGAAUGAAUGAUUGCUGACAAGGCAAGUGUAAAAAGCACGUAAUAGAAUCAAAGUGAUCUUUUAUUUCUAUCCUAACAAAAGACAUUUCUCCUUCCCAAAGUUUGACAAAACUGGAUUGUAUAUCAUUUGCUACUGAAAUAAGUAAUGGCAGUGAUUUUCUUUUCUAUUUGUGUCUUUAUAACAUCCUUUGAGGUAAAGCUAUAAAAAUAGCAGGACUGGACGUGACCAUGUUACUCAUCUCUUGCUCGUUGGCCAGCUACUUCUCAGGCAGUGGCAAGGGGGGCUCUGACACAUGGAAAUAUACCAAGGAGGGAAUUGCCGAAGCUUGGGAUCUAAUACCCUCACUGACACUGGAGAAUGAAGCUGAACUAGAGUAUUUGUCCCUCUCUGCUGGGUGAAGGAUGCUCCUGCCAGGUGGGAGGGGAGACUGAGUCCGCCAUGGGGUGGGAAUAAAAAUCCUUGCUACUUCUGCAGUGUGGGGAGGAAAAAUCAGGAGAAAGCCACUUCUGCCUACAUGGCAUUUUGAGGCAAGGACCCUGAUUAUUAUUAGUCAACGUGCCCUAUUGGCAUCCUCUGCCCUAAACAGUCCCUCAGCAGAUUCCCUUUAGGGAACUUUUCUCUGGGUUACAUCCUCUUCAUUUUGCAAUUUAAAACAUUCCAUUGUUUUCAGAGUUUCCCUUAAAUUAUGGGAAUGGAUUUACAUUCAGUUGGUAGGACCUGUGUGAUGAGUGGAGUGCUAUUUCAGCAGUAGAGGCAGGCCUAAGUUCCAGGGGCUUUCCAAAAAAUUGGUCUAAUGUAGGAAUGGAGUUUUCCCCGAUUCAGCGGAUUAGAAAAUAAUCUCUGAAGUUUGUAGGAAGCUGCUAUAAACAUUCAUAUGUAGGCUUUUGUGUGUACAUAACAUUUCAGCUCAUUUGGGUAAGUCCCAAGGAGCGGGGGUGCUGGAUCAUAUGGUAAGACUAUGUUUAGUUUUCAAGAAACCACUAAAUUAUCUUCCAAGGUGGCUGUACCAUUUUGCAUCCUCACCAGCAGCGAGUGAGAGUUCAUGUAGCAACUCAUCCUUGUCAGCAUUUGGUGUUCUCAGUGUUUUAAAUUUCUGCUGUUCUAGUAAGUGUGUAGUGGUGUCUCGUUUUAAUUUCUAAUUGAUGUGGAGGGUCUUUAAAUCUAUUUGAAUCUGCAGACUGUCUUUGGCGAGAUGUCUGGAUCUUUUGCCCAGUGUUUUAGUUGGGUGGUUUUCUUAAUUACAGGAAGGGUUAUCGAUAAACAGUUUUAUUUGCUUCGUAAGCCUUGAUGAUAUGAAAACAAACAGUGGGAUGAUUUUUUAAAUUGUUUAUAUUUGUUUUGAAGGCAGUAAAAUUGUAGAGAUACAGAGGGGUCUACAGUCUCCCUCCCAUCCUGUACUUCAGCCACUUCCCUUAGACAACGCUCAGCAGUUUCUAAUGUAAACUUCCAGUGAUACUGUAUAGGUAAGCAAAUGUGAUGGACACUUCCAUUUCUUUUUAAAAUAUAUAGCGUACUGUGCUACUAUUCUGUACCAUUGUUCCGUACACCCUAAAGAUCACUUGAUACCAGUAUACAAAACCCUUCCUCAUUUUUUAAGAUGAUUGUGUAGUGGGGAUGUGUGCAGUUGAACCUGACCCUUACUAAUGGACACACAGAUUGUGUCCAGUCUUUGCUGUUACAGUGCUGGAGUGAAUUGCCCUGUAUAAAUUUGUCAUUUUGUGCGUACAUGAAUUUCUCUGUAGGAUCAAUGGUCAGAGUAUGUGCACUUGUAAUCUUAUAUCAGAUCAAACUGAUAUAUUUUGUCUUAGUUUGCACCAGCAGUGUAAGUGCUCAUGUCCCCAUAGCCUCACUGACACAGUGUAUUAGCCACUGUUCUUUGCCAGUCUGAGAGGUUGAACACACCCCCACACACAGUGGUGUCCUCUCGUGAGGCAGCACUUCACAUUUAGGGGUUCUUGGUUUCCUGUUCUGUGAAUUCUUUUCAUCCCCUCUCCCAUUUUUCUUGUAAGCCCCAUCAUAUCCUUUCUUGGUUUUUGCUUAUAAUCCCCAUCUACUUACCCUCAUGAAAAUUUUUUUCAUUCUCAUUAAUUUUAAAGCAAAACCAAACCAUACGUAUUUUGGUUUUAUUUGUAUUUCAGUAUACAUCUCUUUAAAAAUGACUUUAAAAAUAGCAUCACUCCUAAAAAUACUAAUUUUUUACCAAAUCUUUCUGAAAUGUCCUUUUUUUAAAAAAAAGUGUCAGUCACGGUCUAAACCAUCCACACGUGACAAUUGGUUAAUACGUUUCUUUCCCUUGCCCGUGACUUUUGAUAUAUAAUUUCAACCAUACAGAGAAGUUUAAUUAUAAGCAUACCCAUACCUAUCAUCUCAAGUCUACAAGUAAUAUUUUGCCAUAUUUUCUUGAUAUCUGUGUAUCCAUUCAUCCAUUUUCUUCAUGGGUGUCAAAGGUGUAAAUGUCUGUAUUUGACUCAAGCUUUUGGGCAUACAUGUUGAUGACUUUCUUGUAAAAUCUACAGUGAAAUGAACAAAUGUUAAGUGUACCAUUUGAUGAGUUUGGAUGUACAACUUGUAACCCAAACCCCUAGCAAGAUACGGAAUGUUUUCAUCACAUCGGAAAGUUUCUUGACCCAGUUCCUCCCUGCACCUCUCUCAUCCCUUCUCCCUGUUGGGACUUUGUUUUCACCACAGAUGAGUUUGGCCCUUGUAGAACUUCCUAGAAAUGGAAUCAUACAGUAUGUAUUCUUGUGUAAAUUUCUUUUUAGCACGUUGUAAGAUUCAUCCACGUGUUCGAGCUUUGUUCCCGUUCACUGCCACGCAGAGUAGUAGUCCAUUGUAUGAGUAUGCCACUGUGUAACUUUCCACGUGGCAGGUGAACCGCUGGUGGGCAGUGGCUGCUUAUCGUUUCUGGCUAUUACAAAUAAAGUCGCUAUGAACCUAA